CCACCUGAUGCUGAUUUAAAGGUCUUUCAAACUAUGCGGCAUACUAGGUGGCAGAGUCAGCAUGACAGCACGGAUUGAAACUGCACUUCAUAGCCCUUUGGAGUCAAGGGGCCUGUCUCUUCCCUUGUGGCCAAACAUUCCAGAGUUACCUCAUGAUUUGAGGGUCAGACCACCUCUUGAGCCAGGCAGUCCAGAGCCAUGGCUUCUCCCAGGUUGCAGCUCGGUGUAUGACAGCCUGGUCAGCUCUAGAACCCCAAGGCCGUCCUCUGUAAGUGAAGAAAGGAAUACCACCUCCUCCAUCAUGUCCAAGCCUCGCAGUAGAUCCUCUAUUCUUGAGAGGUGCAUUCUCAAGAUAUCUACAGCUAAUGUGGCUGUUGGGACAGAGGAUCUAGAUGAUAUCAAGAGGUCACCGUCAAGACUCCGAUGGUGUACUCAAAAUAUGGACCCAUCUCAUUUUGAGACCAACGAGUCGGUUUUGAAGCGCAGACAGAAGCAAAUUCAGUAUGGAAAGAACACCUGUGGCUACCAGAACUAUCUGAAGCACGUUCCAAAGCGCCUUCGCAUCCCUGGGUUUCACCCUUCCACUCCAAACAAAUACCGCAAGUACAGCCGACGGUCUUGGGACAUGCAAGUCAGGCUUUGGCGGAGAGCGCUACAUGCUUGGGACCCACCUUUGACUUCCCAAGGGAACAAUGAAGGACAAGACCCAGUUGAUCAACUGCAGGACCUGCUUGAGAAAAUGAAUACUGAGCUGGGAGAAGAAAAGGAAAGGACGUUGGAUGUAUCUGACUCAAGUGCUUCUGUACUUUCUCAACCUACUGAAGGCUUAGGCAAUGGCUUCUGGAAGCCUCUUGCUCCUCAAGCUGAUUUAACAGGCCAGCAAAGCCAGACUUCUGGACUGGGCUAUUCCUUUAAUAGUCAUCUAACUGCUGAGGAGAAUGUCCUUGGAUGGCUGCGAUUUCUCUUGGAGACUGACCAUGCACGCAGCGAAGUUGCCCCGGAGAGUGAACAGCCACUUUGGCGAUUUUACUGAUUGUACCAUGAUGUCUUGUGUAGACCAUGUGUAAAGCUUGUUUUCCAGGAAUAAAUAAUGACCCAGGAAUGGCGUCUAAGAUAUGAUCAAACAUGUACUUGGAUCUUAAUGUUGAACACUGAGCACGCUGAUGGUAGUUUUGCAUCAAAACCCCUGUAAUUCAGAUCACUUAACUGUUGAAACCACUAAAAUUUGCACUUUUCUUUUUUUCACUACUUGCUCGUGUUUUGUUCCUUCACUGGAUAUUCCCUCACUAGUAUAGACACUUCUUUUCCUAAAGGCACUUUUUUUGCUGUUUUGAUUUUGUGAGUUUUCCUCGUCUCCCUGUUUCACUGUAGUCAGGUUGUUUGGGGGAAGAUUGUUAGCCUUGUUUUGAAAUUUGAGUAUUUUUGUAUGACUUUAAAAGUAGUGGAAAGCAAAACCAAUAAAGAUAUGUUAAAUGUU